AGUGCAGACACACAUGGACUACAACCUCCAGCAGACAGUCACUGUGUUAUUACACAAGGCCGGGGAUUCCAGCUCCUUUAUCCGGGAGGCAGUGAACAGCUCUCUAACAUCAAUGGUGGAGAAUGUCAGCCCUGGCCGCGCUCUCACAGCCCUGACAGAAGGAGGACUCUGCCACAAGAACACCAUAGUCUACAAGUAUCUAAGAAGCUUUGGAGCCAUCAUACAUGCCACCACAGCCAGAGCCUUCUUAUGUCAUGAAGAAUAUAGCCCUGGAGUGAUGAGCGCCUGGAUGAACGCUGCUGCCUUUGGGGUGGAUAAGCCUGCCAUAUCAUACCUCCAUUCCUCUGUCUAUAUCCAAGAUUGAUGGUAAUACAGAAGCUAGAAAGAAGCCACCUCCUUCCCAGCUGUUUUCUA